AUGGACGGUGCCACCGCCCGAGUUGUGUUGAAGCUUCAACUCGACGACGUCGACGCCAUCCUCAAGACCCUACCAAAGACCAACAACAGCGGUGUGAUCAACAGCGAGUGGGUCGCAUUUGCCGCGCUUCGCGAGGAGCUUCUGAAUAAAUGGCACAACGUACAUGGUCAAGUCUUUGCGUACAGCAUCAUCAGGGAAGAGAAUGCCGUUCAGGAGGCGUUCAAGAGGCUGUUGAGCGAGGAGCAGCAGGCUGAGCGCGACCAUGACAUGGCAUGCAGACUCGCCGGCAAGCCGGUACCUCAACGCCCUGCAGUCCCACAGGCGCGCACUGUGCCCAGAAACACCAUAGACCAGAAGCCUGAGGCCCUCAAUGGCAAUACUCUCACCGAAAAGAACCUCCUCUUUGAUCUCAUUGGCCUGCAGACGGCACCUUCCAAGGCCGAGAAGGCACCAGGCAAGAAGUGCCCUAUUGAGGAUGACCUGAGGUCUACCAUGGCACCAAACAACCUCAAGCGCGCGUGUGUCGACAAUGUGGAUGAUGAAGACAGUGACUCAAUCCUACCGGAGGCCGGUACAACUACACCAAAGAAGCGCUCCGCUCGUCUUGACCCGGCAAUACUCAGGGAAGUUGAAGAUGGGCGAACAAAACGAGUGAAGCUUGACAAGCUGGUGGAUGAGCCCUUGCUCGUCGGUCGUGAUCAGAGUGCACAAGCAGCCAUCUUGUCUGCAACGUGCUCUUCGUGUCUGGACAUACAUGCGACUCGCAACAUGCUUCAGCUUCCAUGUAAGGACGAUGGCGAUGAUGAGCCGCAUGCAUACUGCCGCGAAUGCCUCACUCGCCUUUUCGAGUGCUCCAUAACGGAUACUUCGCACUUCCCGCCCCAAUGCUGUUCCAAGAUCAUUCCGAUCAUCAGCUGCAUACCGUUUUUGCCCCCAGCGAUCUUUUCUAGGUUCGUCGCUAAACGAGAGGAGCUUGAAAACCUGGAUCGCACCUAUUGCAGCAACAGUACAUGCUCCAACUGGGUCAGGCCUGCCAACAUUGUCGCAGGUAUAGCUACAUGCGUGGAAUGUGCCCAGCAGACUUGUGUCACAUGCAAGAGCAAGCAACAUGAUGGUCUCUGCAUUGAGGAUAAGGAUGUCAAAGCGCUUACGAACGUUGCGAAGGCCAAACGAUGGCAAACGUGCCCGAGUUGUAAGGAGAUGGUCGAGCUUGAGCGCGGCUGCUACCAUAUCACGUAA